AUGUCAAACGUCAACAGUAGAGGAAAAGCCAUGUUAACGAACAUUGGGAAAAGACCGGCUGCAACAGUGCCGCUGGCAAAACCCAUCACCUUCUUUGCAAUCCCUCUUGUCAACGCAGAAUGGAUCUUGGACGAGAGUGCAACUGAGGUGUCAUACCGAGCACCGGAAGUAACGGAUGUCAUUGACUUCGCCUCUGGAGAGAAGUUCCAAACCUGCCGCGUGCCCGUUGUGAAGGGCAAGAGGGUAACAGGAUAUGUACCGCUGCCCAUGCGAUAUGUGGGGGUAUGGUUACAGUUAUCAUACACCAUCGUUCUUUACACACAUAUGUGGAGACUUUGGUCCGAGGAGGAGGAGGAAAGUACAAGGAAGACAUCGAAGGCGAAGGCUGCGAUUUUGCGGCAGAAUUCCGGUGCCAUGGUCGCGCAACACAUGCUCGCUCGAUUGCUUGCUGUGGACGAGCUAGUUAGCUUAUCACAUGAUACCACAAGGCCCGGGGAAGAGCACGUCCGAAUUCUCGAUGAGUGGAAGAUUCGUUGGACAAGGGACUGGUUCACCUCCACAUAUGAUGACAUCGUUGGCUCAGGGGCCAAGUUCUUGAAUGCAGAUCCUGUCAGCCCCGAAAACCAAGAACUGUUCGAGGGGGACUGGAACAUACAUGAGGAGGGCAUCGAGCUGUUGAGGGCUCCUGAGAACCUGAAGCAUUGGUUUUACGGCGAAAUCAACGGCCUUGACAGGUUAUUCGCGACAAAGUUGAAAAAGCAGGCUCUAGCAUCAUUGAAACCGACCAACGAUUACAGCCAGCGUCAGUAUAGUGAUGAGGCAAGGCUGCCAGCAAGGUGGCAUGAGGGACACCAACCAACUCCAUAUUUCUGGACAGUCAAACAGUGGACCUGGGUGGCAGAAGGCAACAACUUGUGGGAAAAGCCUAUCGACCUCCUGUACUACUGCAUCACAGCGGACCCGCCCUAUACCCACUCUCAGCAGCUGAUGAGGGAGCUAAAUUCCCUCCUCUCCAUCAUCGUCCGAAGACCACGGCGGCAGGAAGCCGAAUCCCUGUUAACACAGCUUUGGACGGGGGAGAUGACAUGGAGGGAGUUUGUGGACGCCCUUAUGCAAGAUCAUUUCGAUAACGUUGAUGGAGUCAUAGCCCAGACAUCAGAAAAACGAGACCCGGAAAAUGUAUUCAAUACGUUGGAGGCUCGUUUAGUUCUGGAAGGAUACAUUCGCCGGCAGAAAGAGGCAAAAAAUAAUCAACCAUGGGAUGUUAAAGAUGAUAUUCUUUGGAAUGCUCUGGGCAGAGUUGCACCCAUGAAGUACAAAUCUGGCUGGGAAUGGAUUAUCUUGCAGAUUGUGUCAAACCAGAAGGUAACUGAGGUGUUGCAAGCAGCAGGGCCUUGGUGGAAGAAGUCCCAGUUGGCUGGGAAGCAACGGUUGCAAAAUGCCGCUGCUGAACAGGCUGAGGAAGACAAUCAUGACGACAAUGCAGACGCAACUGGCGACCCAGACCCUGACGUCGGAAGCCAACAGCAAGCGAGCGUUGGUCCAUCAGGUCCUGAUAUACAGAUGCAGGAGGGGGAUAACCCUGACAACGGCCGUCCAAACGAGAGACCCCAGGAUACAGUGAUGGAAGACAUCGUGAAGGGUUCUGCGGAGAAUGGCGUGGCGCAGGGUCCUGCGGAGAAUGGCAUGGUGCAGGGUCUUGCGGAGGAAAGGACAGAAGGCACAGCUGGCCAAGACCAGCCUCGGCACCCUCAUUCUUCAAUCCCUACGGAUCUACCUGGCCCUCCAACUCCCCCACUCACUGUGCCAGAAAGGAUCGCUCUUUAUUGUUAUGAACAAUUCCGGAAACAUAAGUCCGUCGAUCAGUUGGAAUCCAACCUGCAAGAGGCAUUCCCCGCGGAUCACAGUGCCAUCAUCAAGCAAUUCAUAGACACUCUCAGAGUGUGGAAUUUAAUCACUGCUGACCCUCCAUUACCGGCGCUGCAUACCUUUGUACAGGGCCUGAGAGCAAUAGAGGCCAGGCAAGAGUCGGAGCGUGUGCAAGACAGUCUCUUGUGA